GUGGGUGGGUGGUAGCGCUGGACAAACGCUGACGGACAGACAGGGAGAAAGAGAGAGGGCUCGCGCUCCCUCCCACCGCUCGUGCUGUAACUGCGCUCCGUCUUUCCCACAUUCGAACAUGGCGAAACUCUUUACCAUUAUACCACCACCAUCACCCUCCUUCACCUCAUCGUCAUCACCACCACCACCACCACCAUUAUCUUCCCCAUCAUCAUCAUCAUCACCAUUAUCUCCGGUAGCGUGAUGACCCGGGAGGAUGGAGAAGCUGUCGGCGAGCCUGUCGGAGAUCACUUGGAGCCCGUUGGCGCUGCCGCUGGACGCGGUGGUCAGCAAGUUCCGUCUGCCCACUCUGGUCCGCCUGGCGCACGGUGAAUGUGUGGAGGGUCUGUCGGAGGAGGACGUGGUGCUGUUACACUCCUGUCGUCAGUGGACCACAGUGACCGCCCACAGCUUAGAGGAGGGACACUACGUUAUCGGACCCAAGAUAGACAUCCCUCUGCAAUACCAGGGAAAGUUCAAGUUGUUGGAUGAAGACCGGGACGUCAGGGAUCCGGUCCAGUAUUUUUCCAGUGUGGAGGAAGUCGCUGGAGUCUUCCCUGACCGGGUCUUUGUCAUGGAGACGAUCACUUUUAGUGUCAAGGUGGUGUCAGGGGAGUUCAGUGAGGAUAGUGAGCCCUACAGCUUCACUCUGCAGGCUGGAGAUGAGCUGUCACUCAUGGGGAAGGCGGAGCUUCUCUGUGCCACGCCCUCUAAGGAAAAGACGGGACUGAGCGCACUCUUGAGACGCCUAGGGAAGACUCCUCGAAGUAAAACUCCAUGCCUGGUCUGCAUGAACCAUCGCACGAAUCAGAGUGUCAGCCUGCCCUUUGGCUGCCGUGGACACUUUUGCACACGCUCUCCUCUGGAGCAAGGCAUGCUGGGUGGGGAGCACACGGUACGCAGUAUCAUCGAGAGGGUUCGCCUCCCCGUCAAUGUGUCCGUGCCUUCAAGACCGCCGCGGAACCCCUACGACCGCCAUGCGGUCCGAGAGGGCCACCGCUACAAGCUGCUCAACAUCGUCAGCAAGACGGUGGUGCUCUGCAUGGUGCUCCGUCGACAGGAAGUCUCCCCUUCCCACUUCCUGCUGCUGCGCUGCAUGCCCCGGUUCAACGUGGCCGAGGCCUCCGUCGACGCGGCAGCGCUGGAGAGCCUUCUGCUGCGACAUGCGUUCGACCCAGAUGCCUACUCCCGGGCUGUCAGAGAAACCCGGCCGGAGCUGGAGUGUAUGACAGAGGAGUGCGUGAGCCCGCGGCGCUCUCGCAUGUGUGUGUCGGGUCAGGACUCCUUGGCGCCGGCACUGCAGCGCCUCUCCAUGUGCGGGUAUGGGGGUGGGGUUUCGGACAGCCUAUCACAGCGCUGCAGGGACUCUCUUGGAGAGCGGCUUGGGGAGGGACCAGGUGAGGAGCGGGAGUAUAUGACUCCCGAGUGGACUGAGGCUGAAAUGAGGACCAGUGAGGAGAUCCCUUACGAGGAACUCUGGACCAAUCAGAACGCAGAGGGCUUGGGGAAGGAGCCGAACCUCAUCUCCUUUCAUUCGUCUUCCUCAUGGGAUGGUUCUCUUGGUACCGUGGUGACAAGAGUGUCCACCCCGCCGCCCGUACCUCCAAAAUCAGAAGCUGUGAGAGAGGAGUGUCGCUACUUGAUCGCCCCUCCGGUUCCCCCUCGUUGCUCUAAAGGAGGGUCCAUCUCCAGUCCGGUCCCCAGCCCUCCUGUCCCCUCUCGCUUCCCCAAAACCUCCACCUCCCCGAGACCCAACCUCUCCUUCUACUCCUCUGGACUUCAGGAUAGCUGCUCGCCCUCUCCAGAUGCUUCCCUCUACUGUUACCCGUGUUCCUGGGCGGACUGCCCGGCCCCUAACCCUACCAGUCCCGAGCCGGUCUCUGCCAUCCCUGCAGACAACACAGCCAAUCCUCAGCCAGCACAGGCAACCUGGGCCGAGCCAUGGGUGGACUCCUUCACCUCCUCCGGACCUCGACUGAGGCCGCCACCUCCGCAGAGUCGAUUUGCUCCCUUCGGGGCGUUGAACCCCUUCAACCGCCAGUCCCCUUGCCCCUCACCCGAGCCCACCGCCAAUCCCACGACAGAUUCCUCCAGAGGGGCAGAGGGCGGUGGGACGUCCGCAGUGGUCACUGAAGGGCUGUCCCCGUCCCCCGACCCCACCUGGAGGCCUCCCGCUGACCUGUCCGUGCUGUCAUUGGAGGAGGUGUCGGCCUGCCUGCGGUUCAUCGGCCUGUCAGAGGCGGCGGUGGGCGUGUUCCAGAGGGAGCGAAUCGACGGCAGCCUCCUGGUGCAGCUGACCGAGGACAUCCUGUCACAUGACUUCCACCUAAGCCGACUCCAUGUCACCAAGAUCACACAGUUCAUACAGGGCUGGAGGCCCAAGAUCUAACACACACACACAUACACACACACACACACACGUAUACUGUCCUGAUAAUGUGCCUGUUGGCUCCUGAGCCAUGCUGAAUGUGCCUUCCACUGUGACCAACCGGCUGCUGAGCCCCACUGACUGAAGCUGAGACUUUGCUGAAGGAAACCGUGCCACCCUGUGGUCAAAUCAUAGAACUGACACUUGACUGGCUCUGAUCAGUCUCUGACACACUGACUCCAUCUUUCCAGUCUGAAUCACAGACUGGGACUAGUUUACUAACAAAUGUCUACGACGGGGAGCUACAUGGUGAAAGUGCCGUCUUUCAAUUCGUAUUCGGGGCAGAUAAUCAACCACAAUACAUCGUCAUGCUUCGAGACAGCUAAAGGUUUUCAGCACUCUACGUGGGUUUGUGUGGCCUCCAUGCUGUGAUCCCACAUAAGAUCUGAUACGAGGAGGAAACAUGCCUUCAUUCCACAUCAAAUAUAGAGGGUUUACAGCCUCUAUUGUUGACCAGUAGGACAUGUAACCACUCAGAUGUAACACUGAACCUGUUCCCUACCUGAGUCUCUUGCACAGUCCUCUUCAUCUGUGCAUUGAGCGUCAGUGGCCUGUAAUUGGCAUAAAUAACAAUUCUUAGGAUAUAAGAAAGAGAUAGUUGUUUAAAGAUGAAUGAAGAAAAAAAGAGAAAAUCUGGGGCACCCAAUAAAGUAAGUAAGUUUCUGGUACUGAUCAUUGAUUCACUCAACAAUAUCUUACACUAUUCUGUAUGAAGGCCAUUUUGUACUUUAGGACAGUGACAUUUUCUAUUAACAUUCCCUGUAAGGGUAACACGAGACGUCCUUCUGUCUGUAGUCAGAUAUGCAGAUGUGUUGCUCAGAAAUAAGAGUUCUCAAAAUGUACCUCAGAUCACUUGUUCAGAUAUGCUUGAUUUAGCCUUGAAUAAUAAUAAAUGAAAUUCCACUAAGUAAUAUGUCCACGCGGCCAUUUGUUUACGUCUUUAUUACACACCACUAGAAAAAACACACACUGAUGGCUGCUUGAAAGUAAAGCACAAGAAACCGGAGGAAAGGCGCAAAGCCCCAUCAGAGCCGACACUGUUAGGAUUAUGUUGCAUCAGAUAUUAAAACAGCUGUUAAUAAUAAAUCAAUAUUAAAUAAGAAGGAACAUCUGCCUGUUGAAGUUCACUUUCUAAAUUUAGUCGAGGGUGAAUUUCGACAGGCAUUUUUCACUGUUUCAAAGAUUAAAUGAUUAAUCAAAAAAGAAUUUGGCAGAUAAAUCGAUAAUGAAAAUGAUUUUUAGUUGCAGCCCUACAUUUAUCAUUCCGCUACGUUAUAUAAAUACCUCCAAAUCCUACCCCAAAUAAUUGAAAUAGGUACAAAAUGAGAACAUGUCUUAUAUGUCUAAUAGAUUUAAUCUAUCGUGGCUGAAUAUACAGACAAAACUUGAAUUUUUAUACUUUGACAGCAACAAAAAUGCGAGAGCUACUAAGAAAUGUUGUUCAGCAGUUACUGGAAUAAAAGUUUUCCCUUCAGCGAUCCAAAUGAAAUUGGCCUGCUCUCUGAAUACUACACAUAAAUCCAGCGAACUACUUCUUCCUGCUGGCACUGAUGACAGUAAUGUCAUACGACUGCAGCCUCAGCCACAGUGAGGGUUACGACAAGAAGCGAGAUCAUCCAAGUUAGCCAGAUAACCGAAAAUGCAAUUUAUGUUGGUGUGAAUGUCAAAGUCAAUUUGUCUAUUAGUUCUUGUGAUUCUCUUGUUGCCAGCUGCUGUUGCGUCAUAAUUCCAUAAUAAAUUUGAUAGACUGCAUCCACGUCAAAGGCUGCCAAGAUUCUCCUACUCCCCCCCCACACACACACUUUACUCCUCCUUGGUCUACUCCACCUUGAAAUUGAUGUACUCUCUGAGAUCACGUAACUGCAAGGCCGCUGUGAGAAGAGCAAUGAAGAAAUAAAAGAAGAGAACGCAGAAUAAAUAGAAAGGUAAUUACGUCUGGAAUAUGCGUACCAGGAACUGACUUGUUGAUAUGGAAACCACAAACUAUACUCAAUAUAAUGUAUAUGAGUCGUGCUGACUGAUACCAGAAGCUAACAUCACUUCAUCAUGCUUUGUCCCAGCUGCUCGCCCUCUUGAAGGCAGACAGCAGGUUGUGAGGGUUAUUGCACAUGAGGCCGGAUACAGUACCACGGUUACUGCAUUGAAAAGAAAAUGAUCAAAUAGAACAGUAUCCCAGAUCAGUUUGCUAUCAGAGACAUGGGCAGUGCGACAAGCAAUUUAGCCGUGCGUAGUAGCAGCCACAACACUGUCUGUCAGCAGACAUAAAGGAGAAAUUACAAAGGACAGACAGGUCCACGGCCACUGAACUCUCAAUAGAAGUAGAAGUAAACAUCUUAAGUAUCUAAGUAUAGAGAUAUGCAUCUGAUUCAAAGGUACAAAUACAACUAGAAAUACAAUACAAGUACAAUUUUUUCUUGUUUUUACGAGGGAAUAAAAUGUUUACAAUGUCGUUUUUGUGUCUCUUACAGUAACAGUGAUCAAAUGUAUUACUUCGCCUUGGUUUAGCUAGCAAUCCUACAAAUGGUGAAAAGGUGAUGCUGCAGGUAAGCAGUGGGUGGAAGAGGUACUCUGAUCCUUCACGUAUGUGAAAGUACUAAUACAACAAUGCAAAAUACUCCAGUACAAGCAAAAGUCCUGAAUUCAAUUUCUUAUUUAAAUAAAAGCGCAGAAGUACAAUCAGUCAAAUGUACUUAAAAUAUCAAAACUUAGACUAC